AUGGACAGCACACAAGCAGCCAACUUUCGGGAGGAACAUGUCGCCAAUGAUGACUGUCGGCCCAACAUCAUGGACACCAUUGACCGUUUUUUUCGCACACACAAUCGCCUUGCUCAUAGCUAUCAGCUUAUUCGGAACAUUCAUAAACAACAGGUCCAACUUGCUGCUGAAACAGGACAACAGGUUCCAGUCGUUAGCAUGGCCCUCAGACGGGAUCGCCACUCGGAUUACAGACGAUACAACAAACCCACAUCCAACGAAGUUCCAAUGAUCUUUGUCAACGAAGAUGGAGAACCACCAUUCCAUCGCGACAUCAGAAUAUAUCCAAUAAAUCCUGACGAUCCAAACCAACCAUUUAUUAACCUUAACAUUCUAAGCCCAAACAUGGAUCCUAUGACAUAUGCUCUUCUUUUCCCUUAUGGCGAACCUGGCUGGCAACCUAAUUGGCACUGUGCUUCUUAUAAUGGAGCACAACUCAAUCCAAAACGCACCUAUGUUACCAUGUUGCAGUACAAAGCCGCCUUAACAGCCAUUAGAGAUGAAUUCAGCCCCAUAAUGUAUGCGGGAAAAUUAACACAACAGUGGUUAGUCGAUUCCUAUCUGCAGGUAGAGGCUAAUAGAUUAAACUACAUUCGACACAAUCAAAAACGCUUGAGAGCAGAACAGUAUCAGGGACUAGCUGACCACGUUGCAAACAUGGCAGACCAUAAUCACAUUGCCGCUGGGGUUCCCAUCAUUCUACCAUCUACCUUUGAAGGUUCACCAAGACAUAUGUGCGAACGUUGCUGUGACGCCAUGUCCAUUUUUGCAAAAUGGGGAGCUCCAGAUGUUUUUGUUACUUUCACCGCUAAUCCAACUUGGCCCGAAAUAAUUGACAGCUUAAGGCCAGGCGAACACACUUCAGAUAGACCUGACUUAGUUGCACGCGUGUUCAAAAUUAAACUCGAUGCACUCAUUGAUGACCUAACCAAACAUAGCCUUUUUGGACAGGCACAAGCCUUUGUCUAUACCAUUGAGUUUCAGAAAAGAGGCCUUCCACACGCUCACAUACUGCUUGCACUGAGAGCAGAGGACAAAUUUACCACUGCUGAAAAAAUUGAUAAAAUUGUUUCUGCAGAAAUACCCCAUGUGGGACAUCUACUUUUGCGGCAAAUCAUAACCCGCUGCAUGCUACAUGGUCCAUGCGGCACAAACUAUCCACGCGCGCCCUGUAUGCAAAAUGGCAAAUGUACCAAGCAAUUCCCAAAACAUUUUAAUGACAACACCCUCAUACACCGUAAUACAUAUCCUGUAUACCGACGUCGCCCUACAGAAACAGUAGAGGUUCGAGGCGUACUUAUGUCCAAUCAAAAUGUGGUACCAUACAAUCCAUACUUAGCCCUAAAGUACAACGCACACAUAAACGUGGAAGUGUGCACUUCACUGUACGCUAUCAAGUACAUCUACAAGUACAUUUUUAAGGGCUUUGAUUGUGCAAAUGUGGUCAUAACACCAAAUGGUCAGCCAGAGCAACAAUACAAUGAAAUACAAAAUUUCAUUGACUGCCGCUAUGUAAGCCCUCCAGAAGCUAUUUGGCGAUUAAGAGAAUAUGUAAUGCACGAUCGCUCACACGCUGUAAUAAGAUUUCCAGUACAUCUACCUCACCAGCAAACAAUCAUCUUUGAACACGGUCAUGAGGAAGAAGCCCUCCUUGCAGCCCGAACAGGCAGAACAAAACUAGAAUCUUGGUUUGCACUAAAUGAACAUGAUGCACAUGCACACCAAUGGCUGUACACAUAA